AUGGGUAACAAUCAGAUUUAUAUAUCCGGCCCAAUGGAGAGAUAUUUCAAUGAUCCGAGGACUUUUGAAACUACUGUGAGCAGCCCAAUUAAGCACUACGACUACGGAGCAAAGCUCAACAGAAUGCAAAAACGAGCCCUUCGUUUCACUUGGCAUCGCCUUCAAACACGAAAUGGAGGAAAGCGAGUGGAAAAUGUCUUUGAGGAGGUAUUCGAUCGGCUUGCUCGGACACUACCAUGUUUAAAAGACAUGUUCACAACUCGAAUGUUUUUGUGUGCUAUGGCUCGAAAUGAGACCGCGUCACUAAGAGACCAUGCCAAGGUAACCGUCAAAAUGUUCGACGUAGUACUCAAAAACAUGGAACUUGAACUAUCUAAACGCACUGAUACUGGAUUUCCUAUGGACCCCAAAAUAAUAGGUCAUACCCAUGGCCCUCUCCGUCCAUAUGGUCUCACUGGAGAAUACUGGGAGAAGCUUGGAGAGACAAUUAUUGAUGUGGUCUUAGGACAGGAAGCUGUACGGGAUCUUCCAGGAGCUGGACAAGCUUGGGUGAUUUUUACGGCAUGUUUAGUUGAUCAGAUGCGUGCUGGUUUCGAAGAGAGUCGGGAGGUCUUUCCAAUGUUCCCAAAACGUCAAGCUGUGCUACAUUACGCAGCGAAACACCUACACGAGACGGACUCCGAAUGCGCUAUGCAAUCUCUCCCCGAUCAAGGAUUGUUCCCCACCUCUGCCACUGCGGCGAACAUCUCCGGGCGGGGAAGGAUGAAAAAAAGCGUGUGCACUACUCGAAGAAAUCGCUCGGCUGAAAAAGAGGAGCAAGAAUCGAGCUAG